AUGUCUACCGUGAUACCUUCUCACGUGAGGAAUCAACCAGAUUCAACUGAGGGCCAUGCCGCUUCUGCCGCCCUACACGCAGUCCGCCCGAGACCAACAGCGGCUGGAGGCGCUAACGAUACUGGCCGUGCUGCAGGUACCGGCGGCACCACUGACACAUCUGGCUACCCCGACCCAUCAAAACUUUCUUCUGCUGAUCAGGAAACUGCGUCUGCUGGUGCUGCCGCAAGCUUAGCAUAUGCGGGAUAUACGGCUCGAGAGAUAAACGAAGUGGAGACUGAACACCCCUUGCGAAACCCCCAGCUUUGUACGACAAGUUACCAGGCCGCAAGCUUAGCGGGGAGGGUUCAGACCAGCAGAAAUACUAAAACUAUGGAUGGCAAAGCUUUAGACCAUAAAGGAGAAGUCCCUAAGGACAGCGAGGGCGCAAGGCUUGCAGCAACUGGUGCAUUUUCUAAAAGCCGCAAAAGAUCGGAAUCAGCUCCCACUCCCCUUGACAAUCCUAUCUCAACCUAUUCACUCACUGCGGCUACUACAUGCCACAGAGUAUUCUCGGGCCCGAAAACGGUACUGGGAGAGUCUGAGCCAGCGUUCGAUCUUCGCCAGAUUCAUGAAGCAGCGUUAGGUAAUGCCCGACGCGAACUGCAUAUCCAGGCUGAUACACAACACGUAGAAGCUAUGACAGUGGCCCGUCAGAUGUUCUCUGUUAUGCCCCGGGUGGAAGCUGCUGUAUCCUCCAUAACUUCGCACCACCAGGAGCCUACAACAUUUGCGCGACGGUCUUCUUUAUAUGAGACCGCCCAAAAACUAGCGUCAGAGAGAUUAUCACAGAUGCAUAACGAACAAAAGGCACCCAGAGGUUACUACCAUGCGGCUCAUGUACUAAGGCGCUCGACUUCUAUGUAUGCGAAACUAAGAAAACGCGCUUCCAGUGAAAGCAGUGAUACCGACAUGGGAGAAGAGCUGUCUACAAGGAUUCGAUCGCAAAUGACAGAUUUCCACCAUAAAAUGGCGAAUGUUGAUACUGAAAAAAUGGCAUGGGACCAUGAGUCUCUGAUGAGAACAGCAAAAAAAAAUGCGGACGCGGUAAUAGAUGACGUUGAUCAACAUAUCUAUGAGACCACAGGAAGACCACCUUCUCGCAUGUUAGAAAAAUUCUCAAUGAUCAAUGGGGGAACAGAUGAUGUAGUUACUAUUGGAACAGGCAAAUCUGUAAAAGAGGGCGAAGUUGAUCGUGCUGUCCGAUCUAAAGCCAAGCAGACCAUUGAUGACAUUAUGGAGAGAAUCGAGGAGCAACGAGCAAGGUGUUUAGAGGAGGAGCUUGAUGAACGGGAAGCCUUGCGCCAGCAUCAAUUAGAGAAAGAACGCAGGGAAUCAAUGAAAAAGACUGUUCAGUAUGAAGAAGAUGAUGAAAGAAAAUUCAUGAGGGAUGAAAAAGAAAGGAAAACACUACUAAAUCGCAUCAGCAGAAAUUCAGGGGCCAGUAUGUUUAGGCGAAAAUCUGCAAAAGCCCGGGGGAAAGCUCGAGCAACGGAGGAGCUCCCGGCUCCCGGCGCCCUAACAAAUGGCACCACAGCUCAGUCAGAUGAAGAGGAAGUCAUAGGCAUGACCAGCGCUUCACAGCAGCAAAAUUCUCCAUUUAUAUCUCACAUGGUCACUUGCAGUGCAGGAGAGUCUUCUCGAUCAAUACUGUUAGAACCCCACUUCCGUGGUCUGUCCCACCAAUCGAGCAGGAGCUCCAACAGAACGCAGUCUUCCGCAUCUGAAAAUGCUAGCUCAACACUCAAGCUGUUUCCUAGGGAUGUUAAACCCAGCCAGGAUCAAGAUCGCAAUGUCCUCAAGAUGACAGAUAAGGUAGCGGAUAACCGGCUUGCUUCAGGAGAGGGGCCUGAGAGACGAAAAAGCGCUCCUGCAGUAGCAACCGAGGGACCUCAAGUGAAUGGCCCACUGGAUACUGACGGUAGGCACCGACCCCCUGCAGCCAGGCCCGUCGCACGUCAAUGGAGCUCAACUACCGAAACUUCUCGGGAGGUAACGGAGCGCAAGGAUGGGGAGAGCAGAGUCUUGUCGCGACGUUCUUUUCGAAAACGAAACUUCCAUAUUCGUCUAUUCAGCAGAUCGAGUUGGAAGUCCGGUUCUGAAGCCGCUCCCGGCUCCUUCGAAGUACAACGGGAGCAUACCCUUGUCCAAGCAACCACCGCCACAACCAAUUUUCCCCCACCCGCUGCUGGUGCCGCUUCUGAACCAGAGGGUACUCCUGAGGCUCUAAAGGCCACCUCACGACAAUCGUCGGUGACUAACACUUCUGGGAACCAAUCUAAAUUUACGGAGAAUCUGUAG